AUGCCUUACGGUGUUAUCUCUCUUUGCCAGCCAACAACAAACACCGAUGGGGCAUUGUUGAAUGGUUUCUUCCCAGAAUGCGAAACUCUUGUUAUUGCGCACGGAAGCUUCAUUCAAUUUUACAAAAUACUUCCAAACCAAAGAAAAUUAUACACAGAAUUUCAAAUAUUCGGUGAUGUUGCACGCGUCAUCCCUCUCAGACAUCCACAGGAUACUCAAACAAACCUGUUAGUCAUUUUAUCAGAUUACCGUUUUUCAAUUCUUCGUUAUACAAACGGCGAAAUUACAACCGUACAAUCAGGAAAUAUGAAAUCUUCAGUUGGUGUUGAAAUUGACCCACCAUUUCGCGUUGCUGUCAGUCCAAAAGCUUUAUUUGUCCAAACUUGUCAAACAUCAAUUCAAUAUUAUCGUAUUUCAGCAUAUUCUCGCCUUGUUGCUUCAUUUAACUGUCCAGUUUGCUGUAAAUCAAUCAUCGAUUUUCAAAUAAUGUGUGUUGACGACAUUUGUGCACAAUUAGUUGUUUUAUUUGAAGAUUUCAAGGGUCCAACUAAAAUACAGGUAUUCGAAUCAGACGAAGCAAUGCAAAUUUUCGUUCCAAAGACAAACUUUUCGAUAAUGCUCGAAAGCGAUGCUUAUAUGCUUACAGUUCUCAACGAAACAACAGUAGUUGCAUUCUCUACAAACGUAGCUCGUAAAAUACACUUUAUUAUCACUACAUCUCCAACUCAAAAUUCAUCAACUGUUUUUACGAUGCACAUGAUGCAAUCGCUCUGCAAAUUACGUGACUCAUUAUACGUGGCAAUUGACGCUUCCGGCCAAAUAAUUCUCAUUACAAUUUUAGAUUCAGGGACAAUUGAAGCUGCAGCCGUUGGACAGAUCAACAACCCUGCUGCUCUUAUCCGCUACAAUGAUACAAGUGCAAUUGCGAUCGGCGCGAAUGGUUUAACAUCGAUGAUCCAUAUAAAUAAUGAUGAAUUUCCACAGAAGCCCCAGAUCGAGCCAUUAUUCGAAUCACCAGGUGCUAUCAGACAGAUCAUACCUGUUGGCAGCUCCCAAGUUGACUGCCUUUGCACAGGAAGAUACGCAGCUCAUCUAACUCGCGAAAUUCAGCUGGAAGAGGUUGCCCAAAUGCCAUUUCCAGGCUGUGAAGGCGUUUGGAUGAUUAAUGAGAGGCGUUUCGUCACUUCAUUCGCUGGAAAAACAGUUGCAUUGUCAAUUGAUGACGACAAAGUCUCCAUUUUAGACUCAGAACCACUUCUCGAAGGCAAGACCAUCGCUUUUGCAUCAACAGAACAAGGCUACAUCCAAAUCUGCGAAGAUUCAAUGUCAUUUUUCGGAAAAACAACAAAAUUCCCUAAAAAAGUUGUUCACGCCUCAAUUAACGGAAAAUUUACAACUGUCACUUUUGACGAUAAAGUUGUUUUAUACGAGAAUGGCCACGAACUAUUAACACAACAUGUUUCUAAUGUUGAUUUCUCAUCUGUUGAUUCAGACGGCGAAAAACUAUGUUUUGUUUCAUGGUCUAAGCGUAGUGUUGGAAUAUUUGAUCGCCAAGGCAACGCCAUCAAAGAGAUCAAUGACAUUUCAGCUGUUGCGGCCUUCUUCGACUCGAAUGUUUUAGUAAUUGUCCUCGAAAGAGAUGAUGUCAUUUUUUUGGACCAAAAUUUGACAGAAAAAAGAGUUCAAUGCGCAGGACUUCACACAGGAGUCUGCCCGACACCGCGCGGUUACUGCAUAACAGGUGAGAACCCAGUGAUGUUCGUAGGAGGCGCAAUGUGGACUUUGGCGUGUUCUGGAUUCAACCAAGCGUCACUUUUCAACAACACAGCUGUAAUUGUGUCAAACGGUUUGCUCUCAAUUUAUUUGAUCGGCAACACAGAACCGGAAGUCAGGUCCGAGUUAGUUGCAGAGGAAAUCAAGUCCUGUGUUAGACUGCCUACAGGGGAAUUCGUUCUUUACUUGAAUUCCGGAGAAUUUUGCGUUUCAAAACAUCCAUUUAUUCCUUCUGAAACAAGAAUUUCAGAAAAAAGUGACGACCAAAAAUUUGUUGCAAUGAGUGUCUUGGAAUACGAGAACCAUUACUUGUUAGCAGCUGCUUUCUCUAAGAAACUCAAACUAUACGAGAUUAUCCAUGGAAUUCUAGAGCCAAGAUCUGAUUUCAAUUUACAAAAUGUUCCUUAUAAUAUUGUCACUUUUUGUGAUUCAUAUUUAGUAGCAUAUUCCGAUAUGAUACAGAUCUUUGAGAUUGCUCCUGUUUCUCUUUCCGAAAUCAAGCUGAAACCAGCUGCAACUUACCAAACUUUGGGCGCAUCUUGUUGCAUUUCGGCUGAAAAUGAUUAUAUCGUUGUUGGUGAUGAUCUACAGAGUGUUUCUUUGAUUAAAUAUAACAGAGCAUCAGAGAGAUUCGAAGAGAAAGCAAGGAAUUCACUGGCAAUGUCAAUUGUCAACGUUUUAAUUAAAAACGGAAUGAUUUUUGGAAUUGAUGAUUGCGGAUCAUUAUAUGUCUUCAAAUACAGCGAAUUCCACAACACGACAGUCAAUGAAUUGGUCAUUGACUCGUCAUACGCAUUGUGCUCUCCUGCAACAUCGAUUGCAAUCGCUGAUAAUGGCUUGGUUGUCAUAGGAACUUCUGAAGGACAAUUAAUUGGAGUUAUAGAAUUGCCUGCAGACACAGAACCUCUGUUUACUUUCUUGUGCAACAAUGUUGAGAGUUUAGGACAGUUUUCUGCUGAAGUUCACAGAAUUGUGAUGAGAAACAACUUCGGAUUGCCUUGCCAGACAAUGUUUAACUUGGAUUUGGCAAUUCUUUUCUUGAAAUUGCCGGAAAAGGAAAGAAGUGAUUUGGCACAAAGAUAUGGUCAGCCUCUCAAUGUUGUGGAUGACAUUUGUAAGAAAGUUCUUGAUAUCGCAUACAUGUAA